GAUGUCAGAUUUUCGAAUGAGCAGGGUCCCCUCACAGCCAGUAGACUCUACUGCAGGGGCUGUCACAGGCCCAGACCACCCCAUUUGAGGGGGGAGUCUGCCUUGGCCUCAGCACUAUUGGCAAGGGCUGUAGCCCAGACUCAGGAUGCCUGCAGUGGGGGAAGGGCAGGUAGUGAGACAGUGACAAUGGGGGUGUGCGCAGGGGAUACAGGCAGCAGCCAAGCUCCCCCACUGGUCAGGCAGUUGGUAUGCUCCAGAAUCGGAACAGCUCCUAGCAUCCUUCAUCCUUCAGGUACCAGCCAUCUAGGCAGUGCUUGAGCUGCAAAAACUGACCCCAGCCCUUAACGGACCUGGACCUCUGGCCCAACCCUCCUCAGUGGCUUUCUCUGUAGUAGCUGCAUCUGCAUCUGCAUCAGAUACUUUCAGCUGCAACUCCCUGCAGGGUGGGGCACCCAUCUCAGGCAGAAGGUUUUGGUGCCCCCCACUGACCCUACACCUCAGGGCUGCUGCUGCUGCCUGUCACCUCAGGCCUCAGGAUGAAAGGUGAGACCCCUGUGAACAGCACUAUGAGUAUUGGGCAAGCACGCAAGAUGGUGGAACAGCUUAAGAUUGAAGCCAGCUUGUGCCGGAUAAAGGUGUCCAAGGCAGCAGCAGACCUGAUGACUUACUGUGAUGCCCACGCCUGUGAGGAUCCUCUCAUCACCCCUGUGCCCACUUCGGAGAACCCCUUCAGGGAGAAGAAGUUCUUCUGUGCCCUCCUCUGAGCUGCCCAGUCCCUCCUCACAACUCCUCAUCUUUCCCUCUCCUGGGCCCCGCCCUUAGGUCAGUAACCGAAGGCUCCCUGCAUCCCAUUCCUAACACUUGCACAACCCUGUGAGGUUAUCUGAAGCACAAGGCCCUCCCUCAUCUAUUUGUCGACCGAAUUUUCUCGCCCUCUGACACGGACACCCUUUGCUCCACCCACAGAAGGGCCCCCAGUCAGGCUCUGCCAGCGUCUGGUCCAUGUCCCUCUGUGAUCCGCUCAGACAAUGGAGAGAGGGAUGGGCCAGGUGUUUGUCUUCGGUCUCACCUGGAGCCAUUGGAAAGGGAAAGCCAUUUGAAGAAUAAAGUCAUCCAGAGCCUCAGA